AUUUCGAUCGCGGUUGGUGUUUCUGCGAGUCUUCUUGGGUCAUGUUGUCUAAGCCUUCUGCCUUCUUAGUGGACCUCGGGCUUCUCACGGGGGAUGAGACGUGUUAUUUUGGAGGGUUUGGUACUGACGAUUUCGAAGGCUCGCUGGUGAAGACGUGUGCCGCAGGGCGGAAGGCGCCCCUCCUGCCCGACGCUUUCGAAGCGAUGCUCUGGAGCAAGGGCUUCACGAACGGAAAGGACGAUCGCCCAAGGGUCGCCGAGCUGUACCGCGAAGCGUUCGCUCAACGCUUCGAGUCUGCAGAAUCUCUGGGGUAUUCACGCCUCUGCUGGGGGGACGAGGAGGUCGAGCAGUUGGCCACCGUGCUCACCUCGGGCGCCGCGCCGCGGCUGAUGCGGUUCUACCUCGCCGACAACCGCGUUGGGGACGAGGGCGCGGCGCGCCUGGCCGCCGCCCUUGGCGCGCUGCAGGAGCUGCGGGUGCUUGGCCUCCGCCACAACCGCGUGGCGGACGAGGGCGUGGCGCGCCUGGCCGCGGCCCUCGGCGCGCUGCCAGAGCUGCGGGAGCUUCGCCUCGGCGGCAACCGCGUGGGGGACGAAGGCGUGGUGUGUCUGGCCGCGGCCCUCCUGGCCCCGGAGGCCCCGCAGAACCUGCAGUUGCUCGACCUCUACGAGAACCGCGUGGGGGACGAGGGCGCGGCGCGCCUGGCCGAGGCUCUCGGCGCGCUGCCAGAGCUGCGGGAACUCGGCCUCGGCGGCAACCGCGUGGGGGACGAAGGCGCGGCGCGCCUGGCCGCGGCCCUCCGGGCCCCGGAGGCCCUGCAGCACCUGCAGUUGCUCGACCUCUACGGGAACCGCGUGGGGGACGAGGGCGCGGAGCGCCUGGCCGAGGCCCUCCAGGACCCCAAGGCCCUGCCCGGCCUGCGGGCUGUCGUGCUCCACCACAACCCGCUCGGCAGUGGCGCGCGGGCGGCGCUGCGCGCGGCGUGGGCCGAGGCCGGACGGCCCGAGGGCGGCGCGUUCGAGGCUCCGGGCUUCGGCACGUGCCCCACGGGUCUGCGCCUGUCGUGAGGGCCCCACGGGCCCGCCUUCGUGGGGGGCGGCCUGGGCGCCCUGGAGGGUUUCUCCGACGGGCUUUGGCGACCCGUCCUCCUCCUCCUCCUCCUUUUCCUCCUCCUCCUCCUCCUCCUCCAUCUCCUCC